AUGACUAGCAAUCGUUUGGGAGAUUUAUGCGACAAAUCUCUUCAAUUACAUCGUAUGAAUGAUUGUGAUGAUCUGAAUUUAUACUACAAAAAAUUUCUCAACAAAUUAAGUAAAAUAUGUCUGAGAAUCUUUCUUCCAUUACUACCAUUAAUCUAUUUGAUAACAUUAUUUCUUUGCCGUUUAUUCUUACAUAAUACAACCAAAUUAACAUUUGAUAUACGAACGAUACUUUAUUUAAUAUGCAUUUUAUUAACAUUCAUGUUAUUAUUUCUCAUGCGUUUACAUACGAAAUGGAAAACAUUAUGGUUUUGUACGCGAACGUUUCUCAUCUUUCUUCUAAUUAUUCCAUUAGUAUUAACAUAUCAAACUGAGCAAUACCAUGUCCUAUUUUCAACCAUAUCGAUAACACUGAUCUAUUCAUUGUUAACAUUCACGUUGAUUCAGUCGGUUUGCAUCUGUUCAACGAUAUCAAUCUUGCAUAUCACCCUUCAAUUCAAUCAAACUGAAGGUAUACAAUGGAAAGGCAUCGAAUUCGUCUCUUGGAUUUUGUAUCAUUUGAUUAUUAAUCUCGCCGGUCUGUAUGCGUAUGUUGAAUCAUUGAAACACAUACGGAAACAUUUUCAUGCGUAUGAAACGAGUUUGUACGAGAAGAACAAAUGUAGUGUUGAUUGCAAGAAAUUAAAUACAAUUAUUGGACAUUGUCAACAAGCGCCACGUUUCAUCGGUCGGAUUUCUAAACUAUCCAAUGGACACAAUAUCAAUCAAACGAAAAAUAUCCAUAGAAAAUAUGGAACUGUCAUCAAUUGUAAUCUCUCAUUGAAUGAACAAACACGGCAACAUACGUGCGAUGAAUUAGCGAGCUUAUUCGAUGUGCUCUACUGUCAAAUUGAACAAUUAAUUCUUAAACAACAGCCACAAGCAAAGUAUUGUUUUGAUAAUGAAACUAUCGUUAUUGUACUUGUUAAUGAGCAAGAAAAUCAACGCAUUCAUAUCGAACAUAGCUGUCGUCUAGCAAUUGAAUUAUUUCGUUUCAUUCAACAUGUCAAUAGUGUCACUCAAUGGUGUUUAACCGCAAUUCUUGGCAUUGACUACAAUGAAUUGAAUAUCUUAUCGAUCGAUUCGAUUGAAGGCUCAGCAUAUGACUAUGCUCGAUGUUUACGUGAAGAAUGUUUAAUCAUCAAUCGAAUUCAUGUGUCAUCAAGAAUCUAUGAUGCUCUAAAAGACAACAAAUUUUUUGAAUUUCAUUCCUAUUCUUGGCUAACAAAUAAUCAUUUUCCUGAAAAUACUUGUACGUAUUUUCUCUUUAGUGUUAAUAUGUACGAACCACAGGAAAAUCAUCUAACGCCCAUCAACAACUCUAGCAUGAUCGACCAUUUGACACGUAUUCAAGCACAGUAUCAUGUGGAGAAGCAUUUAGGCACGAUAACAUUGACGCGUUCGUUACGAAAGCGAAGUUUGAUCGAAUUAACAAAUAAACAUCUUCAUUGGUUCAGUUUGAAUUUCAAAGAUCAAUAUGGCGAAAACUUUGCACAAGAUUUUCAAGCGUCACAUCGCGCGAAGGCACCAUCGGGAUUUUUCUAUGCGUUUAUUCUAUUGAUCCUAUGUGGUUCACUCUGUCAAGCAUUUGUUAUUCAAAAUAUAAAAUUAUACUAUUUCAUAGCAUUUCCAGCGAUUAUCGUCGGUCUCGUAUCCUUCAUUCUUCUUUUCCUUUUUCUUAUUCGAUCUGAUCGAAAACAGACGAAAAGCAAUGUGAACAAGAUCAAUCGAAUGUUUUAUGUUUAUCUCAACAUAUUGAUUUGUUUAACAUUCUCAACUCUGUUUAUGGUUGCCAUACAAUAUCAUUCGAUACAGAACUUCAAAUAUCUAUUAAAUGGUAAUGAUGAAAGCAAUAUCACGACAACAACAACAACGGCCAUGAAUGAAUCUUCUAGUCAAAUGAAUUCAACUUUAAAUCAUACGAUAUUAAGUGAACCGAUUCGAUUAGCAUCAUUUAAUCGUCAAUACCACGAGUAUCUUGUUCUCUCGUCCACCUAUCCACUUUAUCUUUGCAUGAUCUACCGUCAAUGUUCUUGGAUAAUCAAAACAUUGUUUAUCAUAACUUGUUUAUUAAUUCAAUUGGUUCUUUUGGAAUACAUUUGGUUGAGCACAAGUCUCUACUUUCCAUCCGUACAUCGUUUACAUCAUUAUACCACAUUUACAUUCAUUGUGUUUCAUGGGAUACUUCUGACGAUUCUAUCAUAUGUACAAGAGUGGUUGGAGAAAAUCGAUUUCGUUUGGCUUAAACAGAUUGACAAUGAACGUUUGACGAUCGUUCGUCAACGAGAUGAAUUAGUCAAACAAACGUCUUUGUAUUUUCCUCAGCGGGUUAUUAAUUACUACUUGCGUACCGACUCCGAUACAGGCUUGUCUCAACAUUACCAUACGAAAUAUGAUCGCAUGGCUUUGUUGUACAUGAAUUUUUACCCGUUAGAUCCCGAACAUCAGUAUAUGUUGAUUGAUUAUUUAAAUGAUGUGGAAUAUUUACUGAAAAAUAAUGAGAAAUACGUGCAAAUAGUUAUGCAUAGGAAGUCGACGAUCAAAGAAAUUAUGUUCUCAAUCGAUACGAAUACGGAUGAUUCAGUGAAAACGAUUCAACAAUUAGUAGAACUUUUAUUUCAGUUGGAAGAACGUUUGAAACAACUUUCAUCGUCGACAAUUCAGCUCGCUGCUUGCUUACACAUUGGUUGUGUACAUGAAAUUCUAAUCCACUUAGAAAAUUACCCUAAAAUUGAUCUAUGGAGUGAGCAAAUUACACUUCUACAAUUGCUUAUGUCCAAAACUCAAGCGAAUCAUUGUUUAACAACAGCAACCGUCUAUCAUUUAUUGAAUGAACUGUAUUUAUUCCGAACGGCUGGAUCGAUCGUUAGUGCACAAAUUAACAAUGUGAAUAUUUAUUAUUUACUUGGCCGUUUGAUCGGCGACAAUGUCUUUCAGGGCCGUAAUGCACUUCCAUUAACAAUCGGUCAUACAAAUAUGGGCACUGUACAAAAGUCUUCAAGUACGGACGAUUCUCAUCAUUCACAAUCAUCUCAAUAUCGAGGCAUAUUGAAUUCUCAAAAAGAAGAUAAUCAUAUACAAAUGUCCACAACCACAACCAACACAACGACAACAUCAUCAUCAGGUGUUCUCAACGAACAGCAAAGUCUUUUGAAGCAAUCGUCAUCGCGAAAACAUGUUCGUAUAUCCAACCAUUUCCCAACAAUUGAAAAUCCAUCCUACCGACAAACCCUUCUACAAGCAUUGAAUGGUACAAAUAAUACGAGUCCAAAUCAUCAAUCAAUCAAUCCAAUUAAAAAGAUUUCUAAUCGUCUAAUCGCAAAAAAAGAAGCCUCACCAUCGGUCCUGAAAGAUUACGUACCACGAAUGAUUCAUUUAAGUGACAAUAGUUGUUGGUCAUCGAGAGAAGCAAUGACGCCAUCAGAAGCUAGCGGUAGUAAAUGUUUAAUCCUAACACAGCAGAUGCUCAACGGCUCCACAGAUGACAAUAGUCAAUGUAAAUCGACACCGCCUCCGCCCUCGUCGAAGACAGUGAUUGCAAAUCGCAAUUUAUCCGCGGAACGGAAGAGUUUUACCGAAGAAGACUUUCGUCAAUUACUUCAAGAAAAAUCAUUAAAAGAAAUGACAAAUCCAGCUCGAAGUCUCUCAACAACUAACGAAGAAACCGCUUCAUCGUUUUCCGGUUGGGACGACAUCCCCGCAUCGCCAGUCGCGAGUAUCAAGUCAAACCAUAUCAAUAUUCAAAAACAAGAAUCAAUCAAAUCCACACAACAUCCAUCAUCACAGGCACCGAUCAUUGAUUGCUAUUAUCCACGUCGACCAUGCGAUUUAUCAUUCACAGUAAAUAUGACAACAACUGAAGACGAGAGCAGCAGUCGAACUGAUACCAAAUCAACAAUUAUUCACUCACCGGCGUCAACAGCCGCAACAAUAACAUUAUUAACUCCGGUAAACAGCGCUAAAGUAAUUGCUGCACCUGCACAAACAUCGAACCUUCCAUCACAAUCAUUACAAAAACAUCCAGUAAUGCGAUAUCGACCGAUGCCCUUUGAUCUAGCACGAAAACUAGUUGCUGAAACUUCUGAAAGUGCGCUUUCCGACAUAUCUCUCGAACAUCAUCGUGAUCCGUGGACACAGAAUAUUGUCUAUCAAUCAAAACAUCCUCAACGCACACGUCUUUCAUCUAGUUACAAUAAUUUACAAGAUCUUGUGCAAAUACAUGAUGUAUCAAAGUUCGUACCGAAAGACGUUCAAUCGCCAUCGAGCACUCAUGGUGAUUUGUUACAACGUUGGCUAGAAGAUCAGUUGACUUUAUUUCGUCAUCAAGUAAAACAAACUCCGCCGUCGUCGACCAGGAGAAACAAACGAUAUUCAACAAAUAUCGUUCUUCGAAAUGAAUCAACUGAUGAUGACUCGGAUACUGUCAGUGAGAAUACAUUCAGUGCAUUAAAAAAUGGAUCAAAUGCUCCAUCAAAGCCUCGUUCAUCAGCGAAACGUUCAUACGAUCAUGUCAGAUACAAAUCGUUACGAAAAAACUCAGCUCAAACAUCUCAUCUUAUUCGACAUGAAUCACUUAAGCAUCGCAAUCGACCGUUACUAUUCGAUCCGACUUCUCAGUUCAAUAAAGUCAUCGGCAAUCACCACACUAAUCCGUUGAAAAAGCCACCACGUCGAGUAGAUUCAUCUUCAAUGCCUCGUUCAGAUCUAAGUGAUAUCUCGUCGUCAAGAGCAGACAAUCUAUCUGAAAGUGUUAUAUCCAAUCUUGAAUCUGAAUAUGAUAAUAUCUAUAUUCAGCCAAAGAAUUCGAAUACCACAACAAUCAUGACAAAUUCACAGAUUCUAAGCGAUGAAGACGAUGACGAUGAUGAAACAACUCUAGCAACAACGAUAGUUACAUCAACCAAUCGGUGUUACUUUUAG